GAAGAUGUUCACUCAUAGUCUUUGUGACACUCGCUUUGCUUCUCACUAGCAAAUUCACUUGACAACCCACUGGCUUCAUCUAAGAGAAUCUAAUGGAUUUAAGAGGGUACUUCAACAGGAUCGGGUUUACUGGAACAUAUGACAAACCUGAUCUGGACACUUUACGCACCAUCCAUAGGCUGCAUGUUAUGACCAUUCCAUUUGAGAACCUCAGCAUCCACUGCGGGGAGAAGAACACGACGGACCUGAACAUCAUAUAUGAUAAAUUAGUCAAGAGCAAUCGUGGAGGCUGGUGUUGUGAAAACAACCUCUUGUUCUCAUGGGUCCUAAAGGAGAUGGGUUACAAAUACACCAAACUAGGCUCCAAGGUGUUUAAUAAGUUCCAAAAUGAUUUUUACCCCGUGGACUCUCAUCUCAUCAAUAUGGUGGAGAUUGAUGGGAAGCCUUACAUUACCGACGUGAGCUAUGGAGUGUCAUGUCAACUGUGGUAUCCCUUAGAGAUGACCUCGGGUAAAGAUCAGCUACAGCCUCCAGGUGUGUUCCGCCUACUAAACGAUGGGAUGACGUGGGUUCUGGAGAAGACUUCAAGAAAGCAAGUGAUCAAAGACAAGGCCUAUGCUCAUUCCAGCCUCAUUGACAGGCGCCUGAUGAAGAAAAUGUAUUGCUUCUCAUUAACACCCCGUGAUAAAGAGCAUUUCGUGGAGACCCUGGAUUGCCUGCAGACCAGUCCUGAUUCUCGGUUUGUGUUGAAGUCCAUUUGCUCCCUUCAGACCCCCAACGGCUUCAGAGCUCUGAUUGGCUGGACUUACAGCGAGAUCGCAUACAACCCUGAGGAGGACUGUGACAUGGUGGACAUGAAGGAAAUACCUGACUGUGAAAUAGAAGCUGUGCUGAAGGAAAAGUUUAAUGUGGUGUUAGUUAAUAAGUUCACACCUAAAAACAAAAAAGCUAAUUAUUGCAUGUAAUACAAUACUGUACUAUGACCCGUAAAUAUUGUCAGGCAUCUCAGUCAACAAUCCUUGUCACCAGAGAUGGAAAAACUAUAAAUCCAUUUCAUACUUUUUAAUGCCCUCUAAAAUAAAAAAAAUAAAAUAAAAUAAAAUAAAAUAAAAAACAGCUUCUUUUGAAUAGCCGUUAAAGGACAAAAAUUCUCAUGUGUGACAAAUGGUGUAGUUAUGGCACCUACCAGCAGGGGCUGACAGGGGCAUAUGAUUUUAAAAAUAUUUUUUAACAUAGAAAUAUAAUCAAUACUGUUAAAACAUUGUUUAAAAAUUAUUGACGUAUGUUUGUCUCAGUGACUGAUGUAAACAUGUAUGCUCCAAAACAGUGUAUUUACACAUCCACUGAUUAAAUACAGCUCCAUAGUUUGUGCCAACAACAAUGUAUUUUGAAUUAUUGGCUGACGAGAACAUAAAAAUGUAGAUGAUAUUUAGAAACAAUAAUAAAAUAAUUCAUAAAUUUAAUGAAAUUUAUGAAUUAUUUUAUUAUUGUUUCUAAACAUCAAGUGGUGAACCAUAUAUAUAUAUAUAUAUAUAUAUAUAUAUGGUUCACCACUUGGUGUCCAAUAAAAUUCAGGUUAAGGUUAUAAUCACCCCUUUAAACUAUAAUCUAAUUAAACCUUUACCUCUUCACUUACUAAUAAAGUCUGCAAAUGUUUGUCCAGGGUGCUGAUAAAACAGAACACAGAUAGCAAUGUGAGUUAAAACUGGUUACUGUUAAGGUCAGGUUAAUGUUUAAAUUCAGCAGUUUUGAGUUUGCCGCAAGUAGUUUAAAGCUAACAUUCUCUCCAAAUAUUGCAAUCUUGGAUUAAAAAGUGACCAAUUAUAAUGCAUCAAGUCAGUAAAUUAUACUUGCAAAAGAUUUUUAAAAUCUCUCUCUCAAUUAAUAACAGAAGGAAACUGCAUGUACAGUAUAAUAAUUAUACAGAUGUUGAAUGGGUUCAAAUGGGUUUAGUCACUGCACAAUUUGUUUAAAAUAUAAAAUUACAUUUAUUUUCAUUUA